GGAUUGCUGCCCCGAACCUGGUUUACUGGAGACGGCGUUUGCACUCCUCUCCAAGCGUUAACAGCUGAUUUGCAGAGAAGCCUCCCGCACCCAAGAACCCCCGGGGGGCCUGGGCGAGCAGAUUUCCGCCCUAACCCCCGCAGGUCGGUGAACCGCGGGGGCACGGGCCGCGCACCCCGCAAACGCCCCCGGCCCCGCCCCAAUGCGGCAGUCCCAGGACGGGUAGAGGAGGGGUGCAUCCAAGAUCCCCUAGCCCCGCCCCACUCAAUACCCCGCGGCGCCACGCCCAUGAGCCACGCCCAUCGUCCCCUCCCCACUGAAGCCCCGCCCCGGGCCGCCCGCCGCACCUCCGCCGGAGCCCCAGCGCCCAGAGCCGGCGCCGCAGACCCCCGCGAGCACAGCCAGCUGACUGAACCAUGGCGACAACUCCUGCUGCUGCUUUUGAGGCCCUCAUGGAUGGGGUGACAAGCUGGAAUGUCCCCAGAGGCCCCAUCCCCAGUGAACUCCUCCUUACUGGAGAGGCUUCCUUCCCGGUGAUGGUGAAUGACAAGGGCCAGGUCCUCAUUGCUGCCUCCUCCUACGGCCGAGGCCGCCUGGUAGUGGUGUCCCACGAGGGCUACCUGCUGGAUGCCAAGUUGGCCCCGUUUCUUCUCAAUGCAGUGCACUGGCUCUGUCCCUCGCCUGGGGCUCCUGUGGGAGUGCACCCAUCCCUGACACCACUUGUAAACAUCCUGCAGGGCUCUGGGGUUGAGGCUCAAACUCAGCCAGAACCCGGAGAUUCCCUGGGGGUUUACUGCAUCAAUGCCUACAAUGACACCCUGACUGCAGAGCUGAUCCAGUUUGUGAAACGAGGAGGGGGCUUGCUCAUUGGGGGCCAGGCCUGGUAUUGGGCCAGUCAGCAUGGUUGUGACAAAGUGCUGUCCAACUUCCCCGGGAACCAGGUGACCAGUGUGGCUGGAGUGUACUUCACCGACACCUAUGGGGACAGAGGCCAGUUCAAGGUCUCCAAGAAGGUCCCCAUGAUCCCUCUCCUUGUCAGGUGUGGACAGGAUCUCGGGCAGGACCAGCAGCAGCUCCUGGAAGGGAUCUCUGAGCUGGACGUCAAGACGGGGGGAAUCCCCUCGCAGCUGCUGGUGCACGGGGCCCUGGCCUUCCCGCUGGGGUUAGAUGCCUCGCUUGGCUGCUUCCUGGGAGCUGCCCGCUAUGGCCGGGGCCGGGUCGUCUUGGCUGCCCACGAGGGCAUGCUCUGUGCUCCCAAGAUGGCGCCCUUUUUGCUCAACGCUGUCCACUGGCUGGCCAGAGGCCAGACAGGCAAAGUCGGGGUAAACACAAGUCUAAAAAACCUGUGUGGCCUGCUGUCAGAGCACGGGCUGGGGUGCAGCCUGGAGCCUUGUCUGAUAGGUGACUUGCGUGUCUACUGCUGUGUGGCUUACAGUGACAAGGAGGCUAAGCAACUGCAGGAGUUUGUGGCUGAGGGUGGGGGCUUACUGAUCGGGGGCCAGGCCUGGUGGUGGGCCUCCCAGAACCCAGGCCGCUCCACCUUGUCUGGUUUCCCUGGCAAUGUCAUCCUCAACUGCUUCGGCCUCAGCAUCCUAGCUUCAACUCUUGACCCAGGCUGUUUCCCUGUCCCUACCCCCGAGAUGCGGAGCUACCACUUCCGCAAGGCGCUGUCUGAAUUCCAAGCUGUCCUGAACCACAGGGAUAGGAACUUGGAAAAGAGCUGGCUGGCAAAGCUGGGUGUAGAUGGUGCAGCCUUCCUACAGAUUCCUGCAGAGGGGGUCCCUGCCUACCUAUCCUUGCACCAACUCCUGAGGAAGAUGCUGCGUCGGUCGGGCGUCCCAACCGUGAGCUGGGAAAAGCCAGUGGCCAGGGAUUCCUGCGAGGCUGCCGUGCUCUGCCUGGCCACAGAGCUGGCACGCUCUGGGACUGACUGCUCCCAGCUGGCUCAGGGACUGGUGACUGGGACCUGCAACUCCAGCCUGAACCCCUCGGAACAGCCCAUCACCGUAGAGAUCAGUGGAAGCAGUGCAGGCCAUGGUGAUUCCUGGGUGAGUACUGGACUCUACCUCCUAAACGGACAAAAUGCCGAAGUCUCACUGCCUGAAGCUGCGGUGUCUGCUGGCCUGAAGGUCCAGAUUGGCUGCCACACCGAUGACUUAACCAAGGCCAGCAAGCUGUCUCGAGCUCCGGUGGUGACUCACCAGUGCUUAAUGGACAGGACCAAAAGGUCGGUCUCCUGCCUCUGGGGUGGCCUUCUCUAUGUCAUUGUGCCCAAGGGCAGUAAGCUGGGCCCUGUGUCUGUCACCGUCAAAAGGGCCGUGCCUGCCCCGUACUACAAGCUGGGUAAGACAUCAGUGGAGGAGUGGAGGAGCUGUGUGGGGGAGAGCCCAGCUCCCUGGGGAGAGCUGGCCACAGACAACGUCAUCCUGACGCUGCCAACUGCAGACCUGCGGGCCCUGGCCGAUCCCGAGCCGCUGCUCUGCCUCUGGGACGACAUGAUGCGGGCGAUCGCCAGGCUGGCGGCCCGGCCUUUCCCCUUCUGCCGUCCCGAGAGAAUCGUUGCUGACGUGCAGCUCUCAGCCGGCUGGAUGCACGCAGGCUACCCCAUCAUGUGCCACCUGCAGUCGGUGCAGGACCUCCUUAGUGAGACGGGCAUAAGAAGCAGAGGUCUGUGGGGGCCCAUCCACGAGCUGGGCCACAACCAGCAGCAGCAUGGGUAGGAGUUCCCCCCCAAUACCACGGAGGCCACUUGCAACCUCUGGUCCGUGUAUGUGCACGAGACGGUCCUGGACAUCCCCAGGGCCCAGGCCCACCCCGCUCUGAGCUGUGCAGAACGAGAGAAGAGGAUCAAAGUGCACCUGGGCAAGGGAGCCCCCCUGCAUGACUGGAAUGUGUGGACAGCCCUGGAAACGUACCUACAGCUCCAGGAGGCCUUCGGGUGGGAGCCGUUCACCCAGCUCUUCGCUGAGUACCAGACCCUAUCUGGAGUCCCCAGUGACAAUGCUGGCAAGAUGAAUCUCUGGGUGAAGAAAUUCUCAGAAAAGGUCUUAGCAUACAAGAAUCUAAUUUUGUCUGUUUGGCUGCCAUAGGCAGCAGAAUAUGAAGGCUGAGGGGCUCAGAGACCACGCCAUGUUAUCCUGCAGUUUCAGGAGGCCUUUGGGUAGGAGACAUUCACCCAGCUGCUGAUUGCCAGACCCUCUCUGUCAAGACAAUGCUGGCAAGAGGAAUCUAUGGGUAAAGAAAUCCUGUGGAAAGGUGCAGAGAAUCUGGUUCCUCUCUUUGAGGCCGGGGCUGGCCUAUCCAGAAAGAAGAGGCUGACAGCCUGGCCUGUCUGCCUGCGCAGCAAGAAAAUCUCAUGAAAUUAUAUGCACCUUACAGGAAGGAGUGAAGAAGUAUAGAAAUGUUCACUUUGAAACAAACUACUGGUUACAGUAGAUCUAAUCCUCAUUUAAUCAACCCAAAUUUCAACUUCAUUUUUUUCUCACUUAUUCAAAAUAUCCUAAUUCUUUUGCAAGGUAGAUAUUAAGUUAGUGAUUUUCCAAAUGUAUAACUCAACCAGGUUUCCUGUAGUUUUAUUUUUUAGACCUAAGGAAUUUAUUUCUUAAUUGUUUAGCAUUUUACAUUUGCUUUAUUGGGUGACUGGACUUACUCGGACCCAGAGACUUAACCCCAGAAAUGUCUCCCUUCGGAUCUCUAUGGAGUACCUUUCUCCUAAUCCCAAAGUUAUUUCAUGUAUUACAUAAAUAUCUUCUGUCCAGGUGGUUUGAACACAUGAAGUGCUCAACAGACACUUGUUGAAAUGAGUAAUAACAACUACAUGAGAGAACCAUCUCCAGUGUGCGCCAGCCAGGGUGGUCAGCACUUACCUGGACUGCCAUUAUUCCCAAAUGCUGCGGUCCUAUGAGUUAGGAACCACUAUAGGCCUGUUCCAAAUGGGGUGAUGUGUUCCUGGAAGUUAAAGCUCUAAGGUAGUAAUAGGUUAAACUUCAUGGAGAUAUAGUCCAUAUGCAUGGUGGGUGGUGCAAAGGGUAACUGAUUCAUCUAUUUCCUUCACAAGAUUCUUUAGAAUUACUCCCAUAGCAUACAGGACCCCAUGUAUCCAUCUCACCUUUACAGAUGGGAGCUGCCACACAGCCCACCAAACACCCCAUGUUGUUCCUUUAGGAACCAAUCAAACAACUUGCUGACAAUUGCAAAUCUGUUAUUCCAGAAAAUGGACAUUAGUGUCAUAAAGAUAGAGCAAGGCAAGCAAACAAAAGAAAUUUUGGCUUGUUCCAUGCAAACCGAGGAAAGCUUUGCGAGGCACAUGACUGAUUUUUGAUCAGCAUCACCUGUCCUAGAGGUUCAGUGUCGUUGCAAACCUACACUGAACAGAGAACUAAGCCAUGGAUGCAUAUAUAAUCUCUUCUGGCACACAAGGAAACCUGAAUAUCAAAGUGACAAACUAAAAGAGCAAGAAUUUGAAACAGAUCAUUAGACUCAAAUCCUGUGUCCUUAACUGAAAGAAAAUGUAUGAUCAUAGCUAUUAUUCCUCUAAUUACAAGAACUUUAUAUAUGCUCAAAGAAUAAAAAAAUACAUAAAUGUGCCUAUCUUCAGUGACUUUUUUACUUUUUUUUCUGUUCCAUGAACCUUCCUCUUGAGCCUCUGCCUUCUCCCUGAGCAGAACACGGCUGCCCACCGAGAGACGACGGCAUUCCCGUCGUGUCACGGGCAGGCACCGACCACAGACAGCCAGAUCACUCCAUCAUCGGGACCUAGGCAUUAGACCGGGCAUGCUCACCAGAUUUAAGCAGAACCAAGCAGUGUCUUUUUCUGAUGAAUGAUAAAGUCGUUGAUGGAAGAAAACAGAUUUUUCCUGAUAUCAUGGUUUCGAUGAAACAUUUAUGCCAGGAGCUGCCUUGCAAUACGGCCAUCUUCACACACAGAGAGCCUGAUGGACAAUGAAACCCACACAAAGGAAACGAUGACAAGUCAAAGACAAAAACCUACAUCCCUCAGUUUUCUGCUCAAGAAUCUAGGCCCAGUAGUGCUUCAAGCUCCAUGUCAACCACUGGACUUUCUUGUUUCUGAAUGAAUAAAUUGCUCCCUUUUGCUUCA